AUGGCUACCCUUGCCUCCUCAACAAAACCGCAAAAGCAAUACACUCCGCAGUGGGUCUCUCUGAUAGCCGGCGGAGUGGCUGGGGGCGUGGAAGCUGCGUCCACGUACCCGUUUGAAUAUGCAAAGACCCGCGUACAACUUUUGAGAACCAGCAAAUCGACCCCCUCCAACCCGCUGCGACUCAUCUUUACCGUUGCACAACAAGAAGGCGUCGGUGCUUUGUAUACCGGAUGUUCCACGCUGAUCAUUGGAACGACGGCCAAGGCGGCCGUGCGAUUUGUUUCAUACGACACCAUUAAAAACUCCCUCUCUGAUGGGCGUGGAUCGCUCUCCCCAGCACGAGGCAUUGUGGCCGGCGUCGUCGCAGGGGCUACUGAAAGCGUCCUGGCCGUGACGCCUACAGAAAGAAUCAAAACAGCAUUGAUCGACGAUGCUAAAAACGCCAGGCAAUUCCGAUCGAGUCUGCACGCCACGCAGGUUUUAGUAAGAACCCACGGUUUGCGCGAGCUGUACCGGGGUCUUGUGUCCACCACGCUGAAACAGUCAGCCACAUCGGCUGUAAGAAUGGGCACGUACAAUAUCCUCAAGGAGUACUUCAAGGCACACGACAUUCCGCCGACUCUUUUCACUACCUUUUGCAUGGGUGCCCUGGCGGGAGUUGUCACGGUGUACGCGACACAGCCUUUUGACACGAUCAAAACGCGGGCGCAAGGAGUCCAGGGGGCAGGGCUGGUCGAGGCCAUCCGUAACAUACAGAGUGACUAUGGAGUUCGGGGGUUCUGGAAGGGUAGUUCAAUGCGACUGGGCAGGCUGCUCUUGAGUGGCGGAAUUGUCUUUUCGGUGUACGAGAAAAUGACGUAUCUGCUGCAUCCGAAUGCUCGGGUUGAAUGA